AUGUCGAUUAGUGCAUCUCUUGCUGGGUUUCACACAUCAAUAAGGCAUGUGGUUGCAGUUGAUGGGACAUUUUUGAAAGCAAAGUACUUAGGGACUUUAUUUAUUGCAACGUGUAAAGAUGGCAACAAUCAGAUAUACCCUUUAGCCUUUAGGAUUGGUGAUUCAGAAAAUGAUGCCUCAUGGGAGUGGUUUUUACAAAAACUACAUGAUGCACUUGGACACAUUGAUGAUUUGUUUGUGAUAUCAGAUCGACAUGGUAGCAUUGAGAAAGCAGUACAUAAAGUAUUUCCCCAUGCGAGGCAUGGUGUCUGCACUUAUCACGUUGGACAAAAUUUGAAGACAAAGUUCAAGAAUCCUGCAAUUCAUAAGUUGUUCCAUGAUGCUGCCCAUGCUUAUCGUGUUUCAAAGUUUAAUUUUAUAUUUGGGCAACUAGAGAUGAUUGACCCAAGAACAUCAAGAUAUUUGAUGGAUAUAGGUGUUGAUCGAUGGGCACGUUCAUAUUCUACCGGAAAAAGAUAUAAUAUCAUGUCGACAGGGAUCGUUGAAAGCCUUAAUGCUGUGUUGAAAAAUGCUAGAGAUCUUCCGGUUUUGCAAUUGGUUGAAGAAUUGAGAAACUUACUUCAAAAAUGGUUUGUGACUCGUCAACAACAAGCAAUGUCAAUGUCAACUGAACUUACCAUGUGGGCUGAUGGAGAACUUCGUUCUAGGUAUAAUAUGUCAGCAACAUAUCUAGUGGAACCUAUCAACUCCAAGGAGUGUAAUGUUAACUAUGCUGGCAUUAGUGCUCAAAUUUUACAACAUUUCAUGUUACACUUUGUGCUCCAAGUAUUUUACUACUAA